CGGCGGGGGGAGGGGAACCGGGGACGGCCGGGACCCUGGAGGCACCGGACCGCCGCCGCCGCCCUCCAGCCCGGAGGACCUAACGGAGGAAGAGGGAGAGGAGGAGGAGGGGGAAGCGGCCGAGGAGGGCCUGGCCAGCCCCAGCGUCCCACCCAAGCCCCGCACCUCACGCGGGUGCCCCCGCCAACCUCCAGGACGGAGCAGGACGGCGCUGGCACCAUGAACAAGCUGCGGCAGAGCCUGCGGCGCCGGAAACCGGCCUACGUGCCCGAGGCGAGCCGGCCCCACCAGUGGCAGGCAGACGAGGAGGCCGUGCGGAAGGGCAAGUGCAGCUUCCCUGUCAGGUACCUGGGCCACGUGGAGGUGGAGGAGUCACGGGGCAUGCACGUCUGCGAGGACGCCGUCAAGAAGCUGAAGGCGACGGGACGGAAGUCGGUGAAGUCCGUGCUGUGGGUGUCGGCGGACGGGCUGCGCGUGGUGGACGACAAGACUAAGGACCUGAUCGUGGACCAGACCAUCGAGAAGGUGUCGUUCUGUGCCCCCGACCGCAACUUCGACAAGGCCUUUUCCUACAUAUGCCGGGAUGGCACCACCCGCCGCUGGAUCUGCCACUGCUUCAUGGCACUCAAGGACUCGGGUGAGCGGCUGAGCCACGCCGUGGGCUGUGCUUUUGCCGCCUGCCUGGAGCGGAAGCAGCGGCGGGAGAAGGAGUGCGGCGUCACGGCCGCCUUCGACGCCUCCCGCACCAGCUUCGCCCGCCAGGGCUCCUUCCGCCUUGCGGGCAGCGCACAGCAACCAGCCGAGCGCCAGGACGCCCCCCGCCAGCUGCAGGACAAGAAGAAAGCAGCGGAGGCGGCUGUGGCCGGGGCGGCGGGUCCCGCCGCGGCGCCCGCUACGUCCCCGGGCCCCGCCCAGCCGGGCAACGUGUCUCCGACGCCGGCGGCCACCUCGCCCGUGGAGAAGGGGGAGGCCGGGCCCCCUCCCGGGGCGGGAGGGGCCGCCAUCCCCCGGCGCCACGCACCGCUGGAGCAGCUGGUGCGCCAGGGUUCCUUCCGCGGCUUCCCCGCCCUCAGUCAGAAGAACUCGCCCUUCAAGCGCCAGCUGUCCCUCCGCCUCAACGAGCUGCCGUCCACCCUGCAGCGCCGCACCGACUUCCAGGUGAAGGGCACAGUGCUGGAGGUGGAGCCGCCCAGCGACAGCGAUGGCAUCAAUGCCCUCUGCACCCAGAUCAGCUCGUCCUUCGCCAGCGGGGGGGGGCCCCUGCCCACCCCGACGCCUGCAGGUUCCUCGGCCUGGGGGGAGCCUUCCAGCCCGACCCCCGCCACACCCACCUUUCAGCCCGGGCACAAGCGGACACCGUCGGAGGCCGAGCGCUGGUUGGAGGAGGUGGCCCAGGUGGCGAAAGCCCAGCAGCAGCAGCAGCAGCAGCUGCCGCCCGCGGCGAUGCCCGGGGCGAUGCCCGGAAGCAUGCCGAUGGCCCUGCCGCCCUUCCCGGCCCUGUCCUAUGACGCGGCGCCCGCCCCCGCGGGCCUCUUUCUGCCACCCCGCCUGCCGCCCGCCUUCGUGCCCGCCUACCCGGGCCUGGGCUUCCCCAUGCCCCGGGUGCCCGUGGUAGGCAUCACCCCUUCGCAGAUGGUCACCAACGCCUUCUGCUCGGCCGCUCCGCUUCAGCCUGCGAACCUGGGAGGCAAGGCCAGCCCCUUCCCCCCGCCGCCAGCCCCGGCCCUGGCAGGCAGCGCCGCGGCUCCCGCCGCCGCCCCCGCCCUCCCCGCCGUCGCCCGGCCCCGGCCCGGCGGAGCCCCCUGGCCUCCCGAGCCGGGUCCCGCCCCGGCCCCGGCCCCCGACCCGUUCGAGGCCCAGUGGGCGGCGUUAGAAGCCAAAGCCCCCGAGCGGGCCCCCAACCCGUUCUCCGGAGACCUGCACAAGACCUUCGAGAUCAAACUGUAGCCUCCGGGGCCGGCACGCUCCCCUCCCCCUGCCCGCCCCCCACCCCGCCCCCCCGACUCCACAGAGACUCCCUCGGUGGCCCCGGCUCCCGUGGGGCCAGCCGUGCCAGGAUGCAGAGUCUGCGGGUUGGGGGGCACCGGUGCGGCGGGGGGCGGGCAUAGCCCGGCCCCGCCCCUGGGCGGGAAGGGCAGGGUCUUUGCUAUCUGCCCUUCCCCUCGCCCCAGUCGUCUUUCCUUCCGUCUGCCCAUCCCGAUACCCGAUCCUCUCUCCAUUUU